AGUAUGGUUACUCAUGUAUACAAAGAUCCAGGGGAGAGUUACGAUAGUUGUAAUCCCAUUUUACUGGAUUUUUAAAAAAGUUUGAUUAGGUGUGCUCUAGAUAAGGCUGAACGAAUUCGAUGAUUAAUGGCAGCUUACAAUGAUUGAAUCUAAUGUUUUACGGCGCAGUGGCACAGCCGCGCAUAUAAAAACAUAAUUGCAGAAAACAAAUCGUAGUAUGAGAGCUCCGGCGAAAUGGUCAUGUAUACAAUAUUGACGCUCGCUAUUUUGAGUAUCCUUGGUCCAUUGCGAGAAUGCAUGGUGAUACCAGAACUAGUUGAUUUAAAAUGUGGCGAGAGAAGAACAUUGUCAUGUACUUCUGAGAGUGAUACGUACUGGUCCAAGGAUGAAGAUUUCGAUUUAUCGAGUCCGAGUGGAGAAGGGUUUGUUUUGCUGUCUGCGGCUAACAGAGAUGAAGGCUGCUACAGAUGUCAGUUGUUAGAUGGGAAGAUAUUGAAAAUAUACCAAGUCAACAUUCUAGAGAUAUGUGAUAUCAAAAUGGAUAUCAUUGAAACCCAAUUUCAUGUGGAUGAAGGCGAAGACCUCGCACGGAGAACAAACCUGACUUGUAAAGUAGACGGAGGACCUGUGGAGUAUGUAGAAUGGAAGUUCAAUCACACCACCACUAUUGCAGAGUGGCCUCACUCUAGGUCACACAGAGAUCAGAGGUCAGUCUUUUCCAUUGACCAAAACAUUUCAUACUAUAUGAAGAACAUUUCAGAAUCUGAAAAAAUGUAUACCCUGACGAUAAAUCUACUAAAUUCCAAAACAUUUUUGUUAGGUGACUAUACGUGCAUUGCGAAAAGAGGAGGAAAGGAACUUUCGCAAACUCAUAAUUUAAGUAUCUAGAAACUAUCAGAAAUUAAAGUUAUAGUAUUUCGAGGAAUCAUGCAAAUGAUUUAGAUUGGAAAACAUGUAGCGCUUUAGUAAGGACUGUGGUAACGGAUCAAACAGCACGCCUCCCCCCACCCACACAUCCACUUUCUAUGGGACUAUGUCUAAAAUACGCCAUAUUUUGUCAGAACUAGCUACUUUCAUAGUACUUCGCCCAAUGGGUCCCCACUAAGACCCACUGGGGCCACCAGACAGUCCCCAUAUACCCAAUCGUUUACUGCACCCCUUAAGAUAUUCCCGACACUGGAGCUGUGAAAAUACAUGUUACAAAAUACUGAUGUACAUCUUUGGUCUUGCGGGAAAUCUCGUGUUAAUUCCAAGGAUUUUCCUCGUUUUGACUCUAAUACACUAUGUUAGUUUCAAUCCUAGCUCUAACUAAUUUGCGCUGUGUUUUAAGAGGUUUCCCCAGUUUUAACCAUUUUGGUCAGUAUUCCCAUGAAUUUAUCUCGCUCAUAAACACCUUUUUUAUAGUGAAUAUGUAUUUCUAACCUAUACGAUUGAUAGAAAUCGUUACAACGAAAUGUUUAUAGCAUAUACAUGUAUGCUUACGAAAACAAAAAUUAAUUUUUUCAAUCAAUUGUUCUAUUCCGUAAUUUUCAAAGAACUAGAAACCAAUUCUUGAGUGAAUGAGCAACAAGUCUUCUCUAAAUUGUAGUCUCCAUUAAUCAGCAAUAUUGUUUUGCAGGCUUAUACGGAAUAAAGCACCGUUCUUCAUAAAAGACCUUUAUCUUCUCAUCUGUCCAUCACUUCUAAUCCUGUUACUACAGUGAUAUAUAUGUCCUUGUUAUGUUAUGCAAUUGUUGUAUGUAUUGCCACCCGGUAAAAUCAAAAUAUGCACCAUGAGUAUAAACUAAGACUUUGUUUUCUAAUUUAUUCAAACGUGUAUGUAUUUAACACUGUCUUGUUAAUGUACAUACGAUGUGUAUAUAGAGUUUACUCUACAUCUAUCUUAACUUAUCUUUUCUACGUAUUGUUGUAUAUAUCACUGUGUUAAUCGUAAUGAACAGAUACAUGUAUAUGUAUAUUAUAUUUGUGACAUAUAUUAUGUAUUACAUUAAAAUGAAAAAUGCUAAGAAA